AUACCCGGGUCUCUAAAGUAAGAAAACACUCAUCCACCUUGUUUUUAUCGUAUUUUCAAACCCUAUUUUGCGACACAGCUCUUCGAAUAUGUAUGGAAAUUACAAGACUAAGAGAGCAUCAGAAGCCUGGAAACUGGUGAUGAGUAAUUUCACUGAUGAUCUGUGGACUGAGAUUUUCCUCCGCCUUCCAUUCGAGUCGUUACUCCGAUUCAAAUCGGUCUCCAAAACAUGGUUCUCCAUUAUCUCCAGUCAUCGUUUCGCCAUAUCACAUCUCGCAAUUGCUCCUAAAGAUGAUCAAAUCCUCAUCGUUCACCAUGAAAAAGGCUACCCCGAAGACGGAGAGGACGGCCAUUUCUCAUUCUAUCAUCUCGAUUCGAGGCGCAUUUUAGAGAAUUUGAAUUUUCCUUACUCGCAAGGUGAGUAUCCCUUUAAGCCAGAGGACUCUGAACUUAUUGGUUCGGAAUGUGGUAUUGCUUGUGUUUCGGUUUGUGUCUCCGAUUGGAAGGCUGCCAAAAAUAAUUAUGAUUUAUAUCUUUGGAAUCCUGCCACCAAGCAGUCCAAACUCAUUCCCCCGUAUGCUCUACACGGUUAUCAUAUGUCUGAUGCUGCUUUAGGCUUUGGCUUUGAUCACAUUGAUUUGGACUUUAAAGUUGUUAGAGUUAUAUCCUGUACUCGUUCUGCCGAGGUUUAUUCUUCAAACAUGAAUAAUUGGCAUAAGAUUAAGCAAAAGAUAUCUGAUGGCCCCAUUAAGUUUCAUAUAUGCUUUCACGGUUUUUUGUGUGCCCUUCAACACUAUAGUGGUAGCAAAGGUAUGGUGGCUUUUGAUCUAAACAAGGAGGUGUUUAUUUGUCGUAUUAAUGUCCCUGUUAGUUCUUUUGAAUUUGGUAGUUCUAGUGAAAUUGCUCAAUACAAGGAUAGUAUUGCCUUCAUUCAUUCUGAUAGUAUCAUGGACGGCAAGAUUAACUUGUGGACAUUAGACAAUGAGGCAUGUCUUUCUGGCGGUGGAGUUGAGGCAUCAUGGACUAAAGUGCUCAUACUUGAUGUAGGUGUGCCGUUUCUCUUUGUUGAGGGCCUUUUUAACAAUACUCAAUUCUUACUAUUUGGUGUAGGUGGUGAUCGGUUAUUGUAUAACUCGAACAACAAAUCAAGCACAGAAGUCCCUGGCUAUCCUAACAUUGCAACUUGUGAAUUUUUUAAGUAUACGAAGAGCUUGUUUUCACUCACAGGAUUCAAACGAAUCAAGUGGGCUGCUCCAUCGUAGAGGUUGCAGGAAUCUGCAGAAUGGGAAUUGAGAUAGGAUGAAUGAAAGUAUUUCGGAUUGAUGUUAAUGGUGGAAAGUAGUAGCCGCAAGGGAGGUGGAAGUGAUGGUUUAGUGUUUUGUUGAAUUUGUUUAGAUUCUGCUAUUUGAUGUACUGCUUGAUGUGAUAUUUUGUUAUUUGUAAUGUUUUAAGACUA